ACGUGCUAAAAUUGCAUUUAUUAUCUGAAGUUCCUUGCGCUAACAACACGUGUAAUUUGUUUUUACGAUUUAUGCGAUUUUAUUUAUAGUGUCUUUAAAGCGUACUGCGUAUUUGAAUAUGAUCUUACUAAUAUGGACCGUCGUGCUGGUCAUGGUGCUGACACUGUUUUUCCGUCAGACAUAUUCCAAGUUUAGUAAACAUGGUGUCAAGAACUUGAAGAUUGUCCCUUUUUUCGGCAAUAUGUUGAAAGUAUUUUUACGCAAAGAACAUUUCAUUGUUGAAAUGGAGAAAAUGUACAAACAAUUUCCAAAUGAAAGAUUUGUAGGAAGAUACGAGUUUAUCAAGCCGAUGAUUGUACUUCAAGAUCUUGAACUAAUAAAAAAUAUUACUAUAAAAGAUUUCGAACAUUUUCUUGAUCAUCGAGGUUUUACUAACGAGUCAGUUGAGCCACUGUUCGCAAGAAAUUUGUUCUCAUUAAAAGGACAGGAAUGGAAAGAUAUGCGUUCAACUCUGAGCCCAGCGUUCACGAGCUCUAAAAUAAAAUUGAUGGUACCUUUCAUGGAGGAAGUGGGCGAGCAAAUGAUACGAGCGAUAAAGAAAAAACUUAAUGAAUCAAAAAGUGGUUGUAUUGAGUUAGAUGUCAAGGACCUAACAUCACGUUUCGCGAACGACGUAAUCGCUUCCUGCGCAUUUGGUCUGAAAGUAAAUUCCCACACUGACGAAGAAAACCAAUUUUAUGAAAUGGGAAAGACAGCUUCUACGUUUAAAUUUCGACAAAUGUUGCUCUUCUUUGUUAUAUCUGCUUUUCCGGGUCUUGCAAAUAUAUUAAAAUUGAAAUUAUUCUCAAAUGAAACUAAGAGGUUCUUUAUAGACCUAGUAAUGGGCACAAUGAAAGACAGAGAAGUUCGUAACAUAAUCAGACCUGACAUGAUUCAUCUACUCAUGGAGACUAAAAAAGGUCAACUAUCACACGAUGAAAAAAACGGUAGUAACAACGAACAAGAUACCGGCUUUGCUACUGUAGAAGAAUCGUCAGUUGGGAAAAAAACCAUCAAUAAAGUUUGGUCCGACACCGAUCUCAUCGCUCAAGCUGUGUUAUUUUUCAUUGCUGGCUUUGAAACAAUAUCAAUCGCAAUGUCCUUUACUCUUCAUGAGCUGGCAGUUCAUCCUGAGAUCCAGGAGCGCCUGGCAAAAGAGAUCAAGGACUAUGAUGCUAAAAAUGGUGGUAAGCUGAACUUCAGUUCCAUCCAGAACAUGGCGUACUUAGACAUGGUAACAUCUGAAGCACUUAGACUAUGGCCACCAGUUUUAGCUCUGGACCGAAUUUGUGUUAAAGACUAUAAUAUGGGAAAACCUAACCCUUCAGCGACCAAGGAUUAUUUUAUGCGUAAAGGAGAAAUCCUUUCAAUACCGGUUUGGAGUAUUCAUCGUGAUCCUAAAAUAUUUUCGAACCCAAACAAGUUUGACCCUGAACGAUUCUCCGAAGACAACAAGCACAAUAUUAAUCCCAUGACGUACAUGCCUUUUGGUGUUGGUCCACGAAACUGUAUAGGUUCAAGAUUUGCUCUUUGCGAGCUAAAGGUAUUGCUGUACCAAAUUCUGCUUCAUACAGAAGUAUUAGUAUCUGAAAAAACUCGUAUUCCUGUUAAACUGGCACCCGAAUCAUUUAAUCCUCGAAUUGAUGGCGGUCAUUGGUUAAAAUUCAAGGCUCGUAAAAUGAUUUUCCUCAUAUGGAGUGCCGUGCUGAUCGCGGCACUGGCCCUGUACUUUCAUCAGAUCUACUCCAGGUUCAGUAAUUAUGGAGUCAAGCAUUUCCCCGUGGUCCCAUUUUUUGGCAACAUGUUAAACAUGGCUCGUAAAAAGAUAUUUUUCGCCCAGGAAAUGCAUAGUUUAUAUAAAUUCUGUCCAGAAGAAAGGUUUGUUGGAAGAUAUGAGUUUAUGAAACCGGUUCUAGUACUUCAAGAUCUUGAAUUAAUUAAAACCAUUACCAUAAAAGAUUUCGAACACUUCACCGAUCAUAGAAAAUUUAUUGAUGAAGCAGUUGAGCCUUUGUUUGGAAGAAAUUUAUUUUCUUUAAGAGGCGAUGAAUGGAAGGACAUGCGUUCAACAUUAAGUCCAGCGUUCACGACCUCAAAAAUAAAACUGAUGCUACCUUUCAUGGAGGAAGUGGGUGAGCAAAUGAUUCGAUCGUUAAAGAAGAAAAUUCAAGAAUCUGACUCAGCGUAUGUCGAUAUAGAUGUCAAGGACUUGACAUCGCGCUAUGCAAACGACGUAAUUGCUUCCUGCGCGUUUGGUCUAAAAGUUGAUUCGCAUACAGAUAAAGAAAACCAGUUCUUUAAAAUGGGAAAAGAUAUUUCAUCGUUCAAUUUUGAAAAGACAAUUAUUUUAUUUAUUAUUUCCGCUUUUCCAUAUUUUGCAAAGAAAUUAAAGCUGAAGCUAUUCAAAAAUGUUACGAAAAACUUCUUCAUUGAUUUGGUAAUGAGCACAAUGAAAGAUAGAAAGAACCGUAAUAUAUUAAGACCCGACAUGAUUCAUCUGCUAAUGGAAGCUAAGACAGGUCAACUUACCCACGAUGAUAAAAAUAAAGAUACCCAUCAAGAUACUGGUUUCUCUACCGUCGAGGAAUCGUCUGUGGGCAUGAAGAAAGUCGACCGAAUAUGGUCUGACACCGAUCUUAUUGCCCAGGCAAUAUUAUUCUUCAUUGCUGGUUUUGAUACUAUAUCAACGGCAAUGUCGUUUGCACUGUACGAGCUGGCUCUUCACCCAGACAUCCAGGAACGCCUGGUCCAAGAGAUCAAGCAGCAUAAUCAAAAAUAUAAAGGCAUACUGAAUAUUAAUUCCAUUCAGAAUAUGACUUAUAUGGACAUGGUGACGUCAGAAGCACUUAGAUUGUGGCCACCAGUCGUGGCAUUAGAUAGAGCUUGCGUUAAAGACUAUAACUUGGGAAAACCUAGCAACACAGCCACAAAGGAUUACAUUAUACGUCGAGGAGAACUCAUUUCGAUACCAGUUUGGUCUUUUCACCGUGACGCAAACAUAUUUCGGAAUCCAGAAAAAUUCGACCCUGAACGUUUUUCACCAGAAAACAGACACAACAUCAACACCAUGGCUUAUAUGCCUUUCGGGAAUGGCCCUAGAAACUGUAUAGGUUCAAGGUUUGCUCUAUGCGAAAUGAAGGCUCUUCUAUAUCAGAUUCUUCUCCAUAUACAAGUUUCACCAUCAGAGAAAACUUGUGUUCCUGCUAAGCUUUCGUGCGAAACAUUCAACCUUGCACUUGAAGGUGGUCAUUGGCUAAGAUUUAAGUUGCGUAAUUAAUAUUUAAAGGAAAAAAUAUGUUUUUUACUUUUAAAUAUUCAUAUAUUUUAAGUUUUUCGCACACUAUGCCCGAUAAGGGAUCCUGGCUAAAAAACAUAUAAACAUAUACAGAGGUUGCCUGGAAGAGAUCACUAUUAGUGAAAAGGCCGCCUUUGCAUACUAUAUGUUAAACUUGCUAUUAUGUGUUUGUAAAGUGUGUGCAAUAAAGGAUUAAUAAAUAAAUAAAUUUGGUUAAUGUGCAAAAAUAGGCGCGAAGCACUAUUUAUUUUUCAAAUCAUUCAAA